AUGAAAGCCAUCGCAGUAUCAGAAUAUGGCUCAAUCGACAACCUCAUUAGCAUAGAGUCAGAUAACCCCAAAGAUCCCAAAGGCUACGAUGUGCUUGUCCAAGUACAAGCCUGCUCAGUCAACCCUGUGGAUACGAAGGUCCGCGCGGGAACCUACGACGACUAUCCUGACUACUACGACCGCACACCAGCUCUCCCUCAAAUCAUCGGCUUCGACGGCAGCGGCACAAUCCUCCAGACCGGGCCCGAUGUCAAAGGCUUCUCUCCGGGAGAUCAAAUCUUCUUUUCCGGUUCCCCGAUUCGUCCUGGCUCUAAUGCCUCUUACCAGCUCGUCGAUUCUCGCAGCAUAGCGCACAAACCGAAAUCUUUAGAUUUCGUCCAAGCGGCUUGUAUGCCAUUGACCUGGAUUACGGCUUGGGAAGCGCUAGUUGAGAGAUUAGAGAUUCGGAAAGGAGAGAAAGCUGGAAUACUGAUCGUGAAUGGUUCAGGAGGCGUAGGAAGUGUUGCAUCUCAGAUCGCGAGAGAAAUACUCGGCCUUCCUGUCGUGAUUACCACGUCUUCGAGACCGGAAACGACAGAAUGGACGAAGAGUCUUGGUGCAACGCAUACGGUUAACCAUCGCGAAGAUGUCGUGACACAAGUCAAAGCAUUGAAACUUGAUGUUCCGAUCAAGUAUGUGUUCAUCACGCACACGCCCGCAUCGAAGUAUAUCCUCGACUCGGCGAGAAUUUGUGCACCGUUUGGGAAAGUGUGCUCGAUCGUGCAGGACAAGGAGAUCCCGAUGUAUGGGACAGAGUGGAUGGCGAAGAGUUUGACGUUUACAUGGUGUUUGUUGGGAACGAAGCCGUACUAUGGUGUUGAUGUGGAGUCACAUGGGAGGAUUCUGAAGCAGUUAGCUGAGUGGGUUGAUGAGGGGAGGAUUAAGUGUCAUCAUACUCAGACUUUACCAUUGACGGUUGAAGGGGUAAGAGAUGCGCAUAGGAAAAUUGAGGAGAGUGGGGUGAAGGGAAAGAUUGGGCUUAGUGUUGAUGGAUUGAAGACUGGAGAGGCGUCCACUUGA